AUGGCCCAGAUAGCACGUGCUGCACCAUACGCUGAACCAGUUUGGACCACGCGUGGCUACUCGCCUUACUACAAUGAUUCUCAUAUUCGUCUGAAGCGAGAGCUUCGAGAAUAUGUAGACAGAGAAAUUAUACCACACGCAGCAGAGUGGGAGGAAGAGGGUGGUAUCCCGUCUGAGCAUGUACAAAAUUUUUGCUUAAGCGGGUUGAUGGCUGCAUCAGUUUACCCUCUACCAUCAGGAUACCUUGGCAAUGUCAAGCUUCCAGGUGGGGUUGCACCUGGGCAAUGGGACGGAUUUCAUGAUCUGAUCUGCAUUGAUGAGAUUGCUCGCAUUGGUUUCCUCGGUGUGAUCUGGGGAUUGAGCUGCGGCAAUGUCAUCGGCCUUCCUCCGGUCAUCAUACACGGCUCGGAGGACCAAAAACGCAGAUUCAUCCCAGACGUACUGCAAGGUAAAACGAGGUUUUGUCUGGGAAUCACCGAGCCCGAUGCCGGCUCUGAUGUUGCAGGCAUCACCACGACUGCUGUUCGAGAGGGAGAUAUCUACAGAGUCAAUGGGACCAAGAAGUGGAUCACAAAUGGAAUAUGGGCAGACUACGCAACAACUGCAGUCCGAACUGGUGGAUCAGGAGCCAGAGGUCUUUCUGUGUUAAUCAUACCUCUGAAGGCAAAAGGAGUAACGCUCAAGAGAUUACACAACUCCGGAGUACAUGCUAGUGGAUCGACCUUCAUUGAGCUGGACGACGUUGAAGUCCCCGUGGAAAAUCUACUUGGCAGAGAGGGACAAGGCUUUGAGAUCAUCACUUCAAAUUUCAACCACGAGCGAUUGUGGCUGGCAUGUACAUCUCUCAGACUCGCUCGUCUUAGCAUCCAGGAUGCAUUUCUCCAUGCCAACUCCCGCGAAACAUUUGGCAAGAAAUUGAUCGAGAACCAAGUCAUCAGAGCGAAGUUCUCAUCAGCAGGAAGAAAAAUCGAAUCCGCGCACGCCUUGAUCGAACAGCUCGUCUAUAUUGUUGACUCUGCGCACAAAAGGCAGGCACCGCCAGCCCCCGCGAUUGGAGGGCUUGCAGCCACUUGUAAGGUGCUCGCAGGGCAAGUUCUGGAGCACGCAAACCGGGAGGCUCAACAGAUUAUGGGUGGGUUGGGCUACUCAAAGAAUGGACGAGGCGCACGAAUCGAGCAGAUAAGUCGAGAUCUCCGUGUCAUGGUUGUGGGUGGAGGGAGUGAGGAAAUUCUGGCCGACUUUGCCAUCAAGGAGGAGGCAAAACUGUUCAAGACGAAGAAUGAGACCAAGUUGUAG